GAAAGCCGAAACCCAACCCGCAAAAUUCUAGGGUUUGUGUUUGUGGUUCCAUAAUGUCUCAGAACGGGAAGCUCAUCCCAAAUCUCGACCAGCACAGCACCAAGCUCCUCAACAUCACUGUUCUUCAGUGCAUCGAUUCCUUCGUCGAGGAAAUCCUCAUCACCACUGCACACAUCACCUUCUACGAGUUCAACAUCGACCUCUACCAAUGGAGCCGUAAGGACGUCGAGGGAUCCCUCUUCGUAGUCAAAAGUUCUAUUCUACAUGGAGUUAGUGCAUCCCAAUCCAUUGGCAUUGUUGGAUCUGGAAAAAAUAUUGGAAUUGAAGAAGAUUUUUUGAAGCUCACACCUAGGUGUACUGUGAAGUCGCUUGAUGAUAACAACCGAGUUGAACCAGUUUAA